AUGGAGUCGACAACAACACCAGCUGCAGACAGUAAGCAGUCCCCUGGCAAUGGAGCUCUGAUCAGACCGCCAAAUGAUUCUGAAAAUGUUUUCCAACCAGCCAACGAGUCAUUCCCACCUGCAAAUACAGGCAUCAUGGAUACUAGCGGCGAGGAAGCUACCACCGAACCACAGAGAGAUACUCAAGAAAAGUUACAGCUAGCCAAUGAGUCCUCCCCGGUUAGCUCCAGCAUCUCGAUUGGUUCGCGGACUUCCACUCUUGAAUACAGCCAAGAGCCGUUCGAUCAGUAUCAAGUUCAUGUCAAAGAGUUGUGCCAUGUACUCUGGCCUGCCGAGUCUCGAGUAGCAACUCCUGAAAGUCGUGUGGGCGGCGUCGCAAAAACUCUUUUUUUCGAAGCUGUGCGGCUUAAGAAGUUGCGCCGCUUUCUCUCUCCCUCUCCCGAAACCGACAAGGAAUACAUCAUUGAGCGCUUGGCUGGCGGCACUUAUAACCGAAUAGUUGGGAUAACAGUCAAAGACACUGGGACCGUUGAACCAAAAAAUCUCGUUCUGAGGGUUCCACGGCCACAGAUGGCGGAAUUUGGGUACAUUGAGCGUGAAGUUGCUAUUCUGCGCUACGUCCGCCAGAAUACUACCCUUCCAGUAGCAGAUGUCAUCAGCUUUGAUGCGACGGCCAACAACCCUCUCGAGAGUGGUUACGUCGUACAAAGCCGGCUGCCAGGAGUUUCACUACAUGCAAUUUGGGAUGAGCUCACUCAUGAGCAACGCUGUACAGUUGCGCAAGAAGUCGGGAAAAUCAUACUUGCGUUACAAGAUGUCGAUAACUCUACGCCUGGUGUUGUUGAGGCCUCUCCAGCGGAUGACGGAGCCCAGAACUUCAGUGUCCGCCCAUUCGACAUCAAGUCCCCUUAUGACGUCGACUGGAAGACAAAGAUCCCGGACCAUAUCCCUGAUGAAGAGACUGAACCCGCAACUCAGACCCCUUUAAAUUGGUUCGGAACCCAAUUUGGGCGUUGGUUGGCCCACGAGUUGCUCGAUAACCCCGCACAAAUACUCUAUUGGGACUACCAGUAUCAAUUCGUGCAAGUGACUAAACAAAUGGAUUCGAUUGGUAUCUUGGGCGAUGGGCAGAAUUGCCUAUGUCAUUUUGAUCUUGCAGCCCGCAAUGUCAUGGUACAAGUUCUGCCAAACGGCGCACUUACCGUCUCGGGUAUGGUCGACUGGGACAGCGCCGCCUUUGCUCCCAAAUUUGUCUCCUGCGCUCCGCCUUCGUGGCUCUGGACCGAUCAAAAGUACUACGAUGCAGAGGAAAGCGAGACGAGCAGUACACCAUCCACCCCAGAACAACAGGAGCUCAAAGAGGUUUUCGAUGACGUCGUGGGGUUUGAUUGGACCUGGCUUGCUUAUAGACCCGAGUACCGGCUGGCGAGGGAGCUUUUCCACUUUGCUCAGCACGGUCUUCCAGACAGCGAAGCCGCCAAAAAAGCUAAAAGGUUCUUGAAAGAGUGGGCAGCACUAUAUGAGUCAAUGAUGAAUCCCAAGAAGGAUGAUGCGAGCAGCAAGGCAUCUUCUAGGACCAAUGAAAUUCAAAAAGACGAGACUGCGGAUGGAGUUGGGCAGGACGGGGCGUUCGAGUGA